CUUAAAAUUCUUAAAUAUGGCCAGUAUAUGCUGUAGCUACCUUUUCAGUGGUGUUCAUUUCUUAUGUCUUGUCUGGAAUUUAAAUUAUUUGUAGGCCUAAUUAUUUCAUACGUGAUAUUCAAAGCGUAGUGUGUAAAAUAUUUUGAAUCUAUGGUAGAGUUAUUGGUUAAUUGUGAUUUUCGAAGUUCUCGAAAUAUAAUAUUACAAUUGGAUGUCAUAGUGUUCGGUUCAAAUAUUUAUUUGUGAAUUUUUAAUUUUUUUUUCUAAUUUUUUUGUGUGUGGUAAAGAUUUGAUGAAAGCCGACGCGUUUUCGUUAAGAAAGUUCUGAAUAGAAUUGUAUACUGUCAAUGAAGGUUUAGAGUUAUGGUUAGAGCUACAAAUAUGGAGGCCCACACCUGCUGGUUAAGGAUAGCAAUCUUAUUUGUAGUCUGUCUGAAAGACACGACACACUGCACACCAGAUAGCAAAGAUAGGAAUAGAUUGCCAAUAUCUAACCUUAACACUAACUCCAGCCCUAUCGAAAAGUCUGCAAUCAGACAACAUAGUCUGUCCAGUUCACAAUACGUCCAGGAACGUCUAGGAAUUCUUCCAUUCAAUUCUCAAAAGUUACCGCCACAACUUGAGCAGUUUCCUAAACCAAUGGAAACUACCACGGAAUUGAGUGAGACAUUAAACGAAGAGGCUGAAAUUUUAGAGGAAAAUAUGCAAACAUUUAUUGCAGCAAGAGAGAAAUCCAGUUCAAAUUUUUCAAAGGAAGAAACAAACGAUUUGAAAAUCACAAGUCCUGGAAAAAUUAAUUCGAAAUUAGAAAAGAUGGGAAACAUCAGAGAAGUGGAUAUCUCUAAUGCCAAAAAUCUAGUUAGAAGAAAAUGGCAUUUCAUAACGACCAACAGGAAAUCUCUUGACCAUAGCCCUGACCCUAAAUAUAACCCUAACCCUUACCCUAUCCAUAACCAUGACUCUAACAUAGACCUGAAAAAACCACAGUCUGACCAAGAUAUAGUAGAGAUAAAUCAACGUCACAUCUAUAAACAAAAUGUUGAAAAACGAAUCGAACUGAGUGCAAGACCGAUGUCAAUAACUGUGGGAGAAACGGAGACAUUUUCUGUAACUUGCAGUACAGACCCUAACCCUAACCCUAACCCAGCCGACCAGAGAGGCCAGGCCCUGCAGUACAAGCCUCUCAGUCUUGAAAUAGACAAACACGAUGGCCAAAGUCGGAGAAGACUGGCUGUACUGUCUGCGAUACACGGCGCUAUGCCAAUAAGGGAUCAGCUUACAGAGAAUGCUCACAUUAGCGGAUCAGUACCUGAUCAGGGGGAACCCUGGGUGAUGACGAUCACAUGGACAAACCCCACGGCAGCUUUAGGCGGGACCUACGUCUGUAAGCUGACAGCAAUGGGCAAUGACACGCUCAUGGAGGACUUUGCUUAUGAUAAGAUCCAAGUGGAAAUAAAAGAAUCUCCUGGGGUGCGACUGUCAGAAAGAAUUUUCGUUACGGAGCAGAGGAUAGAGCAGUUGAUGAAAGAUCGAGAGAAAAACGACAACAUACAAUCUAUUCUCAGGUCUUUACUGUUUAACGUCACAAAAAUUCUUGUUGACACGACGACCUACUGUAUUGAGAUGAAAAAGAAGAUCAAUUUACAAGCUGUGGCAUAUAUCAAAGUCAGACAGGAUCUCAUGACGGCCAUCUCAAAAGAUGAAGAAAUAAAAGCUCAUUUGAACGCGACAGAAGACAGCAUGGCAAGUACUUUAAAUGUUCAGGCUAAAGCGAUGGGUUUAUUGCACCAACAAAGUCGGCACUUUGCGGCAGGACUUCAGAGCUUAAAGCAACACAUGUCGAACAUAGAAGAGCAGUUGAGUCACGAGAAGCAGAGUCUCAACGACCGGCUCGACUCGCAGAGAUAUUCACUUGCUCAGCUACGGGAUACAUUCCAAGAAUUUCAGGAAUCAAAAUCUCUUUCCGACAACAAAUUUGAUGAACUAGGGCUGACAGAUGGCUCUAUACGACUUAUUCAUAAUGGAACAAUAGGACGCGAAGGGCGACUAGAAAUCUUUCAUGGAGGACAGUGGGGUACAGUUUGUGAUGACCACUUUGAUGAAAAAGCUGCUCUAGUUGUUUGUCAUCAGCUGGGAUUUAACACGAAUAAGCCCACCUUUAAUGGAAAUGCCUAUUAUGGUGCUGGUAACCACAUGCCCAUUCACCUGGAUGACGUAACGUGUGAGGGGACUGAGACGGCUCUGGUCAAGUGUUCCCAUGGGAUCUGGGGAUUCCACGGCUGCACACAUGACGAGGACGUUGGAGUCAAAUGUUGACGUCAUCAAGACUGUGAAAGAAUUUUUAUCAUUGACUUUUCUAACCCUUUCUUAGCGUCAAUGAACCCACAUAAAUAACAUAUUAGCACAUAUUAAAUUACAUUAUAAAAUGUUGUCCUGAGAUAUUAAAAAAAUACAGCGGGAGUGAUCUCCCCUAAACGUUGUUAUAUAUUCUUACAUUACAGUAAAAGGGGUGAUCUUUCAGUACAAUUGUUUAAUAAAAAUGUUUUAAAUUU